AUGUCGUUCAGCAAGCAGAAUGUCGUGGUGGCUGCCAUCUCCAUGGCCCUGCUCCUCCUCACUUCGCAUCUUGCAGCUGGAGCAGAAGCAGAGGCAGAAGCAAUAACACCGUUAAACACGUGCGAAACGCCGAUCCCCUGGGCUCUCUGCUUUGGCAAAACCUAUAUUUGCAUCCCCCUUUGCGUUGGAAUGCACUACACUGGAGGUUACUGCCAACAGCAGCAGAUGAGGGAGAGCGACGCCGAGCCAGCGGGAUUCGGAGGCGCCAUCUGUGUAUGCACCAAGCAGUGCCUUGCGGAGGCAGAGGCAGCAGGUGGGCCGUCAUCGCAGCCGCCCGUCGAGCCUCCGCUGGGGAUGCGUGGUAUAGGGAUGCUCAACUGA